GAAUUUCGAAACAAAUUUCGCCCAAACGUUUCAGUGCUCGAGGCCACCCCUAUCCACCGGCAGCGGCGCUGCAGUGCGCGCGCUUCAAGACUGAAUAGUGAAUGCUCACGCGCCGUCUUGUGAACUGGUGGGAGAGCGAGAGAGCAAGAGGAGGAUUGGACCAUUGGUGAAGCCAAGCAGCGACAGAGGUAAGUGAAAUCUGAACGGACGGACGCUGCUCCAAUUAAAAUACGCACAGUGGAAAGAUAUCUACCUAAUGAACCUGGGAGAGGGAGAGGGAGAGAGAGAGAGGACAAGCAUCCAUCGCAUUGCGCACCAGACUGCAGGUUAGAGUCAAGGAGAAGAGCCAGCCAUUUCAAACAGGGAGGAGAGUCUUGAAGAGGCGGGGAGAGUGGAUUUACUUUGUGAAUGUGCACGUAGCCGAGGUAUUCUGAUUGAGGAUAGAGGUGUGUCUUAUUUCUGUCUGGAGGGGAAGACCUUCACAUCAACCAAUCAUGGAGAGGAUGAGGACAAGGACGAGUGCGGCAGUGUUCCUGAUGCUAAUCCUGGGUUACCUCGGCAACGCUCUGGAGGUUCCACUUGACCCUAAAGUUCUGGAGGGAUUGCCGCAGCCGCCCACCAUAACUCACCAGUCGCCUAAAGAUUACAUCAUUGACCCUCGGGAGAACAUCGUCAUUCACUGCGACGCCAAGGGAAAGCCGCAUCCUAGCUUCUCGUGGACCAGGAAUGGGACCCACUUCGACAUCGACCAGGACUCCAAGGUGACGAUGAAACCCCGCUCUGGCACCCUGGUGGUGGACAUCAGUGGGGAGAAGGCUGAGACCUACGAGGGGGUCUACCAGUGUACUGCCAGGAACGAACAUGGGACUGCGGUGUCCAACAACAUCGUCAUCAGACAGUCCAGGUCCCCCUUGUGGUCAAAGGAAAGGAAUCCACCAAUUGUGGUCCAAGAAGGCGUGUCUCUGGUGCUAGAGUGCCGGCCCCCUGCCGGCUUGCCCCCGCCCAUCAUAUUCUGGAUGAACAACAACUUCCAGAGACUGCCUCAGAGCAGCCGUGUUUCCCAGGGCUUGAAUGGAGACCUGUACUUCUCCAAUGUCCUGGCGGAGGACACCCGGAAAGACUACAUCUGUUACGCUCGCUUCCCCCACACACAGACCAUCCAGCAGAAACAGCCCAUCACUGUCAUGGUUCUUGACUUGGAUGCAUUCAAUGAGACUGUUGCUGCUUUGUACAAUGAAACUGAUUUUUUUAGUGAUGGCUCGGUGGGUGAGAGGAAACCCACCUUUCUCAUCCCCUCGGGCUCCAGCAGCUCCAAGAUGGUGCUCAGAGGCGAGGUCCUGGAGUUGGAGUGCAUUGCUGAAGGCCUUCCAACCCCAGAGGUUUCGUGGAUGAAGAUGAGCGGGGAGUUUCCCGCCUCGCGGACCUCCGUCUUGCAAUUCAAGAAGACCCUGCGAAUCGAGAACGUGUCGGAGGCGGACGCCGGGGAUUACCGUUGCACCGGGCAUAACCACCUGGGCUCCGUGCACCACACCUUCCAUGUCACCGUCCGAGCGGCCCCAUACUGGAUCAGUGUCCCCAGGAACCUGGUGCUGGCCCCCAGAGAGAACGGGAUCCUGAUCUGCCGGGCCAGUGGAAUACCCAAACCCACCAUCACCUGGGCCAUGAACGGAAUCCCCAUAGAGAAUUCACCAAGGGACCCUAGUCGGAAGGUGGAGGGGGAUACCAUCAUGUUUGCAGAGGUCCAGACUGGAUCUAGUGCUGUCUACCAAUGCAACGUAUCCAAUGAAUAUGGAUAUCUGCUAGCUAACUCCUUCGUAAACGUUCUUUCUGAAGCACCAAGAGUACUGACCCCGGCCAACAAGGUCUACCAGGUGAUCAGCAACAGUCGUGCCUUACUGGACUGCUAUGCCUUCGGAUCGCCUGUUCCAAAAAUCACCUGGUUCAAGGACAGCAGGUCCAGCACCCUGGAAGGGGAUCCGUAUAUUCUGCUAGCGAACGGCAGUCUGGAGAUUCAUGUGGCCCAGGCCGCCAACAGCGGGAAGUAUACCUGUGUUGCGCGCAACUCUCUGGGCAUCUCUGAGAAUCACGUCUAUCUGGAGGUCAAAGAGCCCACCCGGAUCCUGAAGCAGCCAGAGUACAAGGUGGUGCGUAGGAGCAAGGAUGUGGUGUUUGAGUGUAAAGUGAAACACGACCCCACCCUCAUCCCCACCAUGACCUGGCUCAAAGACGGCGGGGAACUUCCGGAUGAUGAGAGGUUUGUGGUAGACUCUGACAGCCUGACCAUAAUGGAGGUGACGGAGGAGGAUGCGGGGACCUACACCUGCAUCAUGAACACCACUCUUGACCAGGAUUCAGCCAGCGCCACCCUGACCAUAGUCGAGGUCACUCCAACUCCAGCCGUUGUCUACGAAUAUCCAGAACCUCCCACUGACCUGGAGCUGACUGAUAUGAAGCCUAAGAGUGUCCAACUUACCUGGAUUCCUGGAGAUGAACACAACAGCCCUAUUCACAAGUUUUUGAUCCAGUACUCGGACUCCCUCCACCACCAUGGCCACUGGCACAACCUGACUGAGGUACCGGGCACCAAGACCACGGCCCACCUCAAGCUGUCCCCUUAUGUCCACUACACCUUCAGAGUUCUGGCCCUCAACGCCGUGGGCUUCUCCAGCCCCUCCCAGCCCUCCCGCAUGUACCCGACCAACCCUGCAGCUCCAGAUGAGAACCCUGAUAGAGUGGAAGUCUUCGGGACAGAACAUGACAACCUCCUGAUCUCAUGGAAGCCUCUCACUGGCCUCCAGGCCAAUGGUCCCGGGCUGCAGUAUCUGGUCAUGUGGAGACAGAAGGACGUGGAGAAGGACUGGACCUCAGUGACAGUUGCUAACGUCUCCAAGUUCAUGGUAUCUGGCAUGCCCACCUUCAUGCUCUACGAGGUCAAGGUUCAAGCCAUCAACAACUACGGGAUUGGCCCUGACCCGAUAGUGUUCAGUGGGUACUCCGGAGAGGACUUGCCGAUCCAGCCGCCAGACAAUGUCCAUGCCCUGGUGUUGAACAGCACCCUGGCUGAGGUGCGCUGGGAGCCCGUUCCGGUCAAAACAGUCCGGGGGCAUCUGCAAGGAUACCGGGUGUACUACUGGCGUGAGCGCAGCCUUCACAAGCACAACCCGCACCAUGUGGAGCAGCAAGUGCUGACCUUCAGUGGCAACCGGAUCCACGGCCUGCUGCCCGGCCUGCAGCCCUACAGCCUCUACUGGUUCAACGUCCGCGCGUUCAACCGCAAGGGAGAGGGGCCCCCCUGCUCUAACCAGCAGUUUGAGACCCCCGAAGGAGUCCCGGGGCGGCCAUCUUUCCUGAGAAUUGCAAACACUAACCUGGACUCCCUGACUCUGGAGUGGGGUCCGCCCUACGAACAGAACGGACGCCUCACUGGUUACUCCCUGAAAUACCAGACAGUCAAUAACUCCAACCAGCUGGGUCCGGUGGAGGAGCUGAGCCUGCCGGCCAACGAGACCUCCGUCACGCUGCUAAACCUCAAGUACAGCACACGCUACAAGUUUUAUUUCAGUGCUGAAACGGGCCAGGGAUCUGGGCCUGCCCUUACUGAGGAAGCAAUCACUGUCGUGGAUGAAGUCCUACUGCAUCAGCCCGCGGCCGAUGUGGCCGGAGGAGGGAACACCCAACCCUCUCCUCCCAUAGCUCGGUCUCCACCACGCCCCCCGUUCCACAAGGUGCAUCCAGUGGCUCCUGCAUUUGGGAACGUUAGCUUCUCCACGAGAGAGGACGGAACGCUUAUCAGUUGGGAGUACUGGGGAACCGAGAAAAACAUUUACGUAGAGUAUAUAGUAGAGAACGAUAACAGCGAAGAAGAGUGGAACAGGGAGUACGUAAAUGGCUCUCAGGCCUAUGUGCUGAAGGGAUUAAAGGAGGGCUUGUCUUAUAAGGUGCGCAUGGUCGCCGUGGGUCCACACGACCAAGUGGUGCUCCACCAAUCAGAGGAGCUUUUGGUGAUGGUUCCAGCUAUGGCGGCCAGACAGGUGGACAUCGCCACUCAGGGCUGGUUCAUUGGUCUGAUGUGCGCCAUCGCCCUCCUCAUCCUCAUCCUCCUCAUCAUCUGCUUCAUCCAGAGGAACAAGGGGGGCAAAUACCCAGUGAAAGAGAAAGAAGACGCCCACACUGAUCCUGAGUUCCAGCCCAUGAAAGAGGACGACUGUACCUUCGGGGAAUACAGUGACAAUGAGGACCAUAAACCAUUAAAGGGGAGUCGCUCGCCAUCUAACGGGACGGUGCGCAGGGACAACAGUGACGACAGUUUAGUUGACUACGGUGGCGAUGGCGGCGACGGACAGUUCAACGAGGACGGGUCUUUUAUUGGGCAGUAUAGCGGGAAAAGCUCCACCAGAGACAUCAUUGGAGGCCACGAGAGCUCUGAGGCCCCCUCUCCGGUUAAUACCUCCGCCAUGAACUCCUUCGUGUAGCCCCGCCGCUCGGUCAUUUGGUCAGACAAGGGGAGGGCUAGUCAGACAGACCAGUAGGUGGAGCUGCAGUAAACUGAGCUUGCUUGUAGCCGGCCUGUAAGACUUCCUGACCUGUAGGUUCGUGUGACCAGACCUGUAGAGGCUCCUUCUGUCCCCGUCCUCACAGGGCUGUUCCCCGCAUCACCUUGUGGCUUUUUCUCAUCACAUGCCCCGCCCAUCCGCACAGCGCUGUCACAGACAUGUAAGAGAUGUCCUCCACACUAACGGAGCACACAGGACACUGGUGUGUUAGAACCUCAUGGGUGGAACAUCUUGUUCUCUGAAAACCGGGCCUCUAAAUGACACUUAGAACCAGGCCUCUUCCUCUAGUACAAUGCAUGGAAUACCUGAAAUUAUUUACCAACAUAUUUUAACACGUAAAGAUUUACACAACUGAGUAUAAACACAAAUUAGUAUAUUAUCACAUGGAACCAAUGGUCUAUUUGUCGUGGACUUCUUUGCGGUACACAUUUAUUUGGGUUUGACAUGUUCUGUUUCAGUCGAAGCAUUGUAUUGGCCUUGUAUAUUAGAGUGACACCAAGAAGAGGCAUCAAUGUCAAAAGUGUAAUUUUAUGUACAAGGCUGUUAUUCUAUGUAAGACGGGGGCUGUUUGUAUGUACAGUUGUUGCUGUCGGGAUGAGUUGAACAUAGAGUGACGUUUUUUUGUACGACAUGCAUAAUGUAAAUACACACAGAUUAAUCUCCACCAGGAUUCUAUAGCCCAACACGUUGCCAAUACAACAUCCGUGUGUUCACGAGUGAAGGCAUGAGUCACUUUAAAUCGGAGGCUCCUUGUCAUGGCUUGAAUGGAUUGAGUUGAACCCGCCGGCUGGAGGACGCCAGGCCUCGCUGGUUUCACACGACAACGUCAAGCGAUUGCAAAUGCUGAAGCGCUGCAUGCAAUCAUGACAUCAUCAUCCAUAACCUCUGACCUGCAUGCAACCUUUUCUCGUGCACCUCCACCUGACAGUGGCCUUAUGGGUCUUCCUGUAAGACUUAAAGAGCAUGUGCUGUCAUUCAACUCCGGCUUUUGUGUUGCUUUUGUCCUUUCUAAAUGUUAUGUUCAUUUGUGGUGCUGGGUGGCCUUCAGCAGUACUGUGCCUUUAAUGUUGAACUCCGACUCAGUUCAGUGUAUAGAUUUAUUCACAGGAAGACAGUUCAGUGAGUGGAACAGACAAAAAGCAAAAGGACCGUCAAGUCUCAAUAGGGAGGGGAAGAUACGUUCAAAACACCAGAAUGGGGGACGUCAUGAAAUGAAGGAAUAAUUCAUGUAAUUCAUCUUUUCAAAUGCUUCCCAAUGCAUUUUCUCAGACAUGCGAUUUGGUUUUCUUCCAAUCUACAGCUUAGGGCAGACGGCCUUACUGGACGUGUUAAAUGCAUGUUAUGGUUAAACCUUUGUGUAUUAUUCAAAGGAUCUGAUCAGCUUUGAAGUGUUUGGCUGUAUUUGUGCGGGGUAUGAGUGUGUGCCCGUGUAUGUGCACACGUGUGCAUGCGUAGCAGAUGGGUGUGCACGUGUGUGUGGCAUAAUAUUCAUGGAAGGGAAGAUCUGAUGGCUUGUACUAACUACAUUUCAGGGUCUUUUGAGGUGUCAAGGAUGGGAUUGAGAUUUUUUUUUUCUUAACUUGCAUCAAGUUUUACAUAAAGUAAAUAAAUGUAGAUUAUUUGUUCAAUAUGUAUAUAUAUACUCUAAUUGACUGUACAGAGAACUACAACUAAUGGAGCUGAAAGGGACAGUUCACCCAAAUUACAAGAUUUUCAGAACUAUUCCUUUAAGUGGAAACUGCAUGAAAUUGUUUGUCUUGUUGGGAGAGUUGUUCAAUAUAGACUGCUUCUAUAUAAUAUAC